AUGAUACCAACCUUCGUGCAUUCGUUGGCACUUCUAUCAGGGCUAGUCUUUUCGAAGCCACUUCAGCAUCAACAGGCGGUUUGGAGCCCAUCACAAGACGUACAAUUGAGAGACCUCCAUAUAGGAGAUAUAAAUUUUGUCCAUACAACAGAUACACAUGGUUGGUUGGGUUCCCAUUUGACACAAGCCAACUAUGAUGCUGAUUGGGGGGAUUUCGUUUCAUUUGUAGAUAUUUUCAGGAACAAAUUGACACAACUAUCCAGGGACCUAAUAGUCAUCGAUACUGGUGACAAAAGAGACGGUAACGGUUUGAGUGACGCUACUUGGCCUCCCGGCUUACGCAGCUCGAAAAUAUUCAAUAUGCUGGACUAUGACCUUUUGACCUUGGGCAAUCAUGAACUGUACACAGCUGAAAGUGCUAUUUUGGAAUAUAGAGGAACUUCACAGUCCACUAAAUUCAAAGACAAGUAUGUGUGUAGUAACGUGGAGUUCAUUGAAGACGAUGGUAAGAGAGUUCCCUUUGGAAAUAAAUUUGUCACCUUUGAGACUCCCAUACAAAAACAAAGAAUUUUAGCGAUGUCGUUUUUGUUUAGUUUCCAAAGAGCUAAUAACAGAGCCAUUGUAACACCCCCAUUGGAAGAAAUAAUGGAGAAGGGCUGGUUUCAAAAUAUGGUCGAGACAAACAAGGAGGGCGAUAUUGACUUGAUUGUUGUUUUUGGCCAUUUGCCUGCUACUGAUCCCACAGAGCGUGAAAUGCAUAAGAUCCAUGCUUUAUUAAGAACGCACUAUCCAAACACUGUUAUACAAUAUUUUGGAGGUCACACUCAUAUCAGAGAUUUCGUGCAACUGGACUCGAAGUCCACUUGUUUGCAAAGUGGUAGAUUUGCAGAAACCGUCGGAUUCUUAUCAAUAAAUACGACAAAUGCAAUGGACGAGGAUAAUCCUAGUUUCACAAGAAGAUAUAUCGAUUUUAAUAAAGACUCAUUCGAACACCAUUUGAGCAAAGUUGCAACGGACGUAGAUACCUCAGCAUCAUUAAAAAAAGGCGAAACGAUUUCGCGACUAAUAAAUGAUCUACGUCAUGAAUUAAACUUGAAUCAGAAAUUGGGGUAUAUACCUGAAACCUAUUAUGUGGCAACAAGACCCUUGGACUCUGAAGAGAAUCUUUAUCACUUGAUUACCCAUAAAAUUCUGCCUAAUUUGAUACCCUCGAAAAACUAUGAACCCUUUAUGAGUCGAUUCAUUUUGAUAAACACUGGUUCUGUAAGAUAUGAUCUUUAUAAAGGCCCAUUCACAAAAGAUACAGAAUACAUAGUAAUGCCGUUCAAUAACGAUUGGCAUUUCAUCACAGUACCAUUGGUAGUUGCCUCCAAGGUCGAAAACUAUUUAAAUAAGGGCCCGGUUAUCGCUUCGCUGGGCAUACCAUCAUCUCUCCAUCAACAUCAACAGUUUAACCGUUUCCAAAAGUGCCCGUUUAUUGAAAAUCCAAACUUAAGUGAAGGCUACACUACGGAAGAUGAUUUUGGCUGCCAUGGUGAUGACACGCCUCAUAACUCACAGCGGGAAUAUGUUAUUCCCAACGUGGUUCAAUGUGAGGACAUGAAGAAGUCAAAAGAAGAAGAAGAAGAAGAGGAUCCAUUGAAAAUGGUACACGUUAUCUUUUACACAUUUAUGGAGCUUGACGUAUUGAACGCCGUAAAUUCUAUCAUCAAUAAUUUAGACCUACGCAUGAAGAACCUGACCACCAACGACUGUUCUCAUUAUGGCGGCGAAUCCACCAAAAAAUUGCUGCGUAAUUACUUUGCUCAAUUCUAA